CACGUCUCACUGAUUGUACAGUCUCGUUUUCAAGUUUUGAGGUAUACCUGACGAGAAGAUGUGCCGUAAUUUCCCGAACGCUGCCCAACCGAGUUGAAUCCGUCGAUUGACCUCUCGGUCGAAGUUGGACUUACCUAGUCGGACUAUUUGUCUCAGGUAAACAUACUCGUCAACAACUUCGAGCUUAGUGCUCCCAACAACUACCGGCAUAGGUGUGACAUGGACAUUAAACAUGAUCUUUGUUUUGUCCAUGUUCAUCUUAAGACCUAUCCGUUGGGAAGCACUAUUGAGGUCAUUGAGUAUAGUGCUUAGGUCCUCCAGCGAUUCUGCCAUAAGGACUAUAUCGUCGGCAAAUCGAAGGUGAGUGAUGUACUCGCCAUUGAUGUUGAUACCGUAUCCUUUCCAGUCUUUUGCAAGUUUCGGGGAUAAUAUCCCCGAAACUUGCAAAAAGACAGGGUGACAUCAUAUUAUGAUGUCACCCUGCCUUACACCUCUCUGCAAUUGGAUAGGUUUAGUACUCUGGUUCUGUACUCGGAAAGCCAUCGUAGCCCUACUGUACAAGCACUUCAGCACUUCGAUAUACCGACAGUCCACUUGGCACCGCUGAAGGGACUGCAGCACCGCCCAAAUUUCGACGGAAUCAUAGUCAUAGUCAACGUACGCCAGACAUAGUGGCAAAUUGUACUCCUCUGACUUUUGUACAAUUUGCCGAAGGGUAUGUGUGUGGUCUAUGGUGCUAAAGCCUUUUCGGAAACCGGCUUGUUCGGGAGGCUGGAAGUCGUCAAGUCUGCGCGCGAGACGAUUCGUGAUGACUCUCGAAAACAGCACGUAGACGCGGCUCAGAAGGGAAAUCGGUCUGUAGUUCUUCAAGAGAGCGUUGUCGCCUUUCUUGAAGAACAAGACCACUGCACUUCUGCUCCACGCCUCCGGUGUAAUGCCACCAUGGAGGACGGAAUUAAAGAGUUUCUGAAGGACUUCAAGUACCGGUUUUCCACUCGCUUUCAGAAGCUCCGCUGUAAUUCUAUCCCCGCCUGGGGCCUUGCCGUUUUUAAGGUGCUGGAGAGCCAUUCUAAUCUCGCUCAGACUGACGUCCGGGAUAUCAUCGGAAUAAUGUCGGAUAAGACUCGCUCUUGGAUCGUUACUCACACUCGCGUAUGGCUCCAACGAUGACGUGUACAGCUGCCCAUAGAACCUCUCAAUCUCACUCAAAAUCUCAGGUGCCCCGGAAACGAUGCUGCCACACUCUGUCUUGAGCUUUGACAGUUGGCUCUUUCUGGCAGACAGAUCUCUGGCAAAGACUUUGGAGCCUUGGUUCUGCUCGAUCGCUUCUUCAAUACGAGCUGUAUUGAAGUUGCGUAAGUCCCGCCGCAUGCAUUUGGAGAUCUGUCUGUUCAGUUGCCUGUAUGCUGUCAAAUCUGUUGAAGAAUGUAGCUUCAUCUCCCGUCUAACAGCCAUGAGAUUAAGAGUGUGAUUGGAGUUUUUGUGUUCUUCUGCGGCGGGUCUUGCAGAACUUAACUCCGACUGCAUAGACAGUUUCCACGAGCUUGUCGUUCAUAUCGUCCACUUCAAUACAGUCUUCUAGGCACUGAAAACGGUUUUGUAACUCGAGCUGAAAGGUUUCGGGACUUUGGAUUAGAGCACGAGGGGGACGGAGCUUUGACUUCAUUAGACGAGACCUCUCCAACUUAACGUUUAGGUUCAGUGUGCCUCUAACCAUUCGGUGAUCGCUGCCGGUUUUCACCCUCGCGAUCACUGAGACAUCACUGAACAGUUGUCGUCUGGUCGUCAUAAUGAAGACAAUCUCAUUUUUUGUCGAACCGUUGGGGUUCGACCAGGUCCACUUCCUGUGAGGCCGCUUCUGGAAGAAAGAGUUCAUCACAAAGAGUCCCUCUUUCUCCAUAAAGUCGGCCAGCUGCUGGCCCCUUGGGUUCCGUUGCCCUAUUCCAAAUUUCCCUACUUUCAGCUCACCGUUCUCUCUUGUGCCUAGUUUUGCAUUGAAGUCUCCCAUUAACACCGUAUAUUGGGUUUUGCAAUUGCAAUUGUAGUAUUUUUGCGAAAUCCUUUUUGCUCUUUAUUUAAUUUUUAGGUGUCCUCGUGAAGAGUUUCAUUGUAAAAGAGGAAGCUAGUCCAGAGGAAGCUGGGGAACGGUCAUCCCCAGGUGGAGCUGCACUGGAACAGUACAAGGCGUUGAUCCGACAGCAGGACGCCAGACUGCAGGAGCUGGUGGCACAGCUGGACGCACUGUUGCAGCAGAACCAAUCUCUGCAGAGUGCCUUGAAUGAUUCCCUAGCAUCUAACUCCCAUCUAAAAGACGAGAACACACUGCUAAAAGCCCAAGUGUCUGCUGCCAAAUGUGUGCCAAGCACUGACACCACACCUAGUCAAGACAAUGCCAGAGCAAGUGAAUACGAAGCCAGGAUACAACAGCUCACUGCAGAAGUUACAAGGCUAAACGAUCUGUUGAGAACUAGUCAAGAAGAGAAGAAGAGUGCAGCGGAAGAAUUGGAGAAAUUGAGAAAUGAUCAAGAUGAUUUACUAGUACUUCUUUCGGAUUUGGAUAUGAAAGUAAAUGAAUACAAAAUGCGAUUGGUAUCAUUAGGAGAGAAGGUGGAAGACGAGAAUCCUGAAGUGCCAGAACCGAACCUCACGUAGUGUUGCUAGCAAAAGAGGAAAUUGUUUUUAAUAUUGUGAUAAUGAUAUGUUUUUUAGAUUUUCAUUAACAUGUAAAAAAUAGACAAGAUAAAGAAUUAUCUAUAAAAAUGGUAAAAAAUACGUAUAUAUAAUAUUACUGAGGCAAAAAGGUAAUUACUUAACUGAUGAGUGUAUCUUAUGUAAAGAAUGAAAACAAAAAAAUAUUGAAAGAAUAAUGUAAUGUGCAGUGAAAUAUUUUUUUUAUAUGGAAACCAUAUUACUAUCACUUUAUCUAAUUUCAGCUAAUAUUAGUUACGUUACAUACGUUAAUGACAGUAUGUAUUUUUUUGUAAUUCCCGCCAAUUUUUUACGUCUCACGCAAUAGGGUUGCCAGGGCCUGGAAUUGAAUCGCAAGUAGUUAAAAAUUUCGGAUUUUAUGAACAAAGUUCGGCCUUCAGCCGGCAUCAAAGCCCAAUGAUUACGAUUUAUUUCCUAAUUAAGUAUAUUUCAACUUAUAUUUUUUUAUUUCUUAGUUGGUUUCACAACAUAUUUUACUAUAAUAUUCUUCAUGAAUAAUGUGUAUGAAGUCGUAUUCGCUUGCUAUACACUUGUAUAGCCGACCUGGUAAAAAUCCGGUCUGUAUUAAAAUUCGGGCGGAUUCCGGUCUUGUCGCUUAAAAUCCUGUCAUAUGGUAACCCUACACGCGAAUAGAUUCUUGUCAGUUUUCAAUCGGACUUAUUCUGCAUUCAUUACCAUGUAGUCAACUUACUAUUUCAGUGAAUUAUAUUGGUUUGUCGUGUGUGUUUUCUAAGUAUUUUUUUUUAAUUUUAUGCCUACAAAAUAGUUGCUACCGUUUCUGGUUAUCGUAUUCGCACCGUACCGUUAAAAUUUUAAAUAUACCUCGAAUUGUAAAGAGGGCAUUACGCCAGUCAAAUGAAAUUCAAACAUCAAAUUUUUUUCCAUUAAAAAAGACUUAAUAAAUUAUCUGAUGUCAAUUCUUGUAUAGCUUUUUUUUUUAGUUUGUAUGUUAUAUAGUAUUCUCUGUUAAUGAGGGCUAAUAAUCUUCCACUCGCCAGAUGUCGCUAGUGGGGACUGAGGUGAAGUUUAUUGUUACACAGUGUCAGUUAAUUGAGAAGUCAGGUCACUAAUAUUAAAGAAAGAAACAUUAAACCUCUCAUUUUCCUAAAAAAAAAAUAUCGUCCCCGUUAUGAAAUCUGUCAAAUAUUUCACCUCAUUCCAAAGUGGCGCCAUAUUCAUUGACUUAUAUUGCAUAAUAUGUUCAGUUUAGCUAGUUUCGAGAGUUUUUGUUAUUGUUGUUAGUGAUAACAGAAUUGCCAGCAUUCGUUUUCAAAUAUAUUCCAGAUUUCUUUAAUAUAAUGAUUUUCCGCAAAGUAGACGUCAGUUCUAUUAAUUAUCUUAAAAACAAGGCUACGUCAAAUUAACAAAACUUAAUCGUAUUGCUGCCCAAAAUGUUUGGUUCAAUCAGCGGUGCAAAUAAUUUCAUGUUAUUCAAAAAGGUUUUUGCAGUUGUGCGCGCAUCACGGAAAAACUUCUGGAUAGAUUUCAAUUAGGUUUAAUCUUAUGCACUUGGCCCUUAUCUAAAGAAAAAUAUUGUUGCGAUAUCUUCAUUUAAUAUAAAGUUAUUAAAGUUUUAAGAAACAACGCUUUUUAUACGGGGCUUUUCACACGGUCAAUCGCUUGUUCUCGCGUUACUAACCCAGAUAAUUUAUAUAUUUUAGCUACAAACGGAGCAACGACUAACAUUGUUUACAAAGAAAUCCUGUGAGCAAAGUGUAUUUUUGCUUGCGAUCUUUUUGAUGUUUUUCCUUCGCACAUACGAAAAUUUUGUUAAUAUAUUAAGCAACGUGGAUGAAGUCGCGGGUAUCAGCUAGUUCAAAAUAAGUUUACUGACGUUUUAAAUAACAGCUUUUUAGCUAUACGUGGGUAACGAUAAACGUUAGAAUAUGUCUCUAAAGCAAUGUGUUCGAUGAAAGUUGGAUGGAACAACUCGAUGAUAAAACGAAGUAUGUAUCUCUGUAUCUGUAUUGAAACUUGAGAAAACGUUACAGAUAAUGUGCACAACGAAACCCUGACCCGUGUCCCAUCACCACUUGACGUUUUUUUUUAAAUUCUGAAAUGUAAUUUAUUUAUUUAUAAAAUUUUUGUAAUUUAUUGUGUGCGAGAUAAACUAACUGUAAUUUGUUUGUGAAGAUAUUAUUAUGAUUAAGAGUUCAUAUAAAUAAUUAUUUUGUUGU